CGGUGGCGGUCGUGUCGCCAUGGAGAGAUUCGGCGAGUAUGUGAAGAAGAGUGUGCUUAAUUUUAAGUUGCAGCAGUGCUGCUGGGUGGCCAGUGUGAGGACUGGUGCGCUGACGCUUGCGUGUUUGAAUAUUAUUUUAGGGUUAGUCAUACUUGUAGAAAUAUCAAAAGGUGAAGAAGCGAGCUUCACCCCGCUUCUGCUCCAGGCGUUAAGCGCAACCACUGACAAGGGUGAAGAAGGGCCAGACUUCAUCCCUUCUUGUAUCAUCGCGUACGCCGUGGAGAUAGCUUCUAACGCGCUCGUGAUAUGUGCUAUGUGGAGGAACGACAUAGUCCUCCUGCGAGCUUAUUUGUACUACGCCUUGGGGGUUCUGACGCUGGCCAUCAUGAUAUACUCCGUGGUCAUCGGAGCUCUGGAGCUCAUCCCGGAACUACUCAUCGUGGCUAGUGUUGGAACCCAACUCUACCAAAUAAUGUUAGUCCGAAGCGCAAUGGUCGAAAUAAAACACGCAUCAAUAAAGAACGGGUACACCGUCAACUUAAAACCAAACGACAAACCAGGCUCCGACUCUAACGACAAAUAUACAGUCACAAUUGAGUCAGAAAAACCCAAGUUACCCCCAAAACCAGUAACUAAAGCAGAUAUAUCCAAGCCAGUAAUGAAGGAAGCUAGCGAUAACGAAGUACCGGUUAAGGAAGCAGCGGUCACUGUGCAUUCGCCAGCGAAGCAAGCGUUUCUUCAUGAAGCGACAGAAGAAGUGCAGGAACGAGUACCUUCGCGUGUUCUUGUAAAGGAGAAAUUGAAGAUAGAAAGAGCAAAGCCUGAGAGAAUUGAUGUUAUGAAGGGAGUGUGAAAUUUGUAAGUUUAUUGUAGAUUAAAUAUGACAAAUUGUAAUUUUAUAAACUUGACUGUGACGAAUAAAGUUUGCGACAUCAAAUAUGCAUUUAAGUAUAAUAUACAAAUCUAUCAACUAUAGAAACGGACAUUUUACUAAUAUGAAGGGA